GUACAGAUGAGUUACUCAGGUGUGGCUUUUUGAAAGCUUCGGAAACUCAGGGCUUUCUUUCAGACCUGCUGGAGAAGGCUAACAGACACUAUGAUGACCAGAAGCUGCAGGAGUACACACAGACCAUACUCAGGAUGUUUGAUCUGAAUGGAGAUGGGAAGUUGGGCCUGUCAGAGAUGGCGAGGCUUCUCCCCGUCCAGGAGAAUUUCCUACUCAAAUUCCAGGGUGUCAAGUUGACCGCUGAGCAGUUCAAUGCCAUCUUCACAUACUAUGACAAGGAUGGAAACGGCUACAUCGAUGAGCAAGAGUUGGAGGCUCUGCUACGAGACCUUUACCUGAAAAACAAGAUGGAGGUGGAGCAGAAGAACCUGAAGGGCUACAAGGAGAGCAUCAUGAGCCUGUCCGACGGAGGGAAGCUCUACCGCGGCGAGCUGGAAACCGUCCUCUGCAGGGACCCAAUUCUGUGACUCCUCCUCCUCUCUUGUUGCAUAUCAUCGUUUUCUCUGCCUGCCCCGCCCUUUUCUCCCGAGACCACACCCACUUUCAGCUGAGUGGCAACUUAUACCAGGUGCAUGUGCCGGACACCCCCUAC